AAAUCUUCAAUUUUUUUCUUUGAUUUUCAGUGGUUUUUGAUCAACAAAAAAAUAAUGAAAAACGAUGAAAUUGACCAAACAAUCUCAAUAAUUCACCAGGAAAAAAUCCAUCAACUAUCAUCAGGCCACCAUCUGUCCUAUUCAUCCAGUCAUCUAGCUGGUUAUUCGAUUGAAUCAUCAUCACAACCACCAAUAUCCAGCGAUUCAAAUUUGAAUAACAUUUGGCCGAAAAUAAAAUCAUUUCCAUCAUUGGCUGCCACUGCUACUAGCAAAAUUAUUCAAAACGAUUCAACAUUAACGCCAACGGCAAUUGUAUCAUCAUCACAACAACAACAACAGUUCAUAUCAAUUGAUCAUCAUUAUCUCAAUGAUAAUAAUUGUAUUGUACAAUCAUCAUCAUCAACCACAACAGCCAAAACUGUACGAAAAUUACCAAACAUCGAACCAAUGGAAUCGAAAAUUAAUCCAAUACCGACAGAUUUGCUGUAUAAUACGAAUGCGUUUGUAGCCACAAACAGUUCGCUGGCUGAAAUUGGUAUCAAUGAUCAGAAUUUGCUGAAAAAUCCAAGCAAAAGUGGCACGAAUCGUUCAAAUCGAACCAAACAACAAUCAUCAUCAUCGUUCAAUCCACAACAAUCAAAUCUUCGUUUAGUUCAUAAUCUUGAAAGAAUUGAAAACAAAAUGAAAAAACAACAACACAACCAGAACAAUCCAAACAGCGAAGAUAAUUCACAAUCAUCAAAUUUUAUCGAUUGUAAUGCCAUUAUACAAUCGAUUGAAAAUUCUAGUUCAAGAAAAAAUAGUCGUCUAAAUAAAUCUAUCAAUGUAAGUGAUAGCUAUCAUGUACGUUUGAAUAUAAAUGCUAGGGAACGACGAAGAAUGCAUGAUUUGAAUGAUGCAUUGGAUGAAUUACGUUCAGUUAUACCGUAUGCACAUUCACCAUCGGUACGAAAACUGUCAAAAAUUGCAACAUUAUUAUUGGCCAAAAAUUUCAUUUUAAUGCAAGGAAAUGCUAUUGAAGAAUUACGACGAUUAAUUAUUUAUAUGUAUCAAUCGGGUGUACCAUUACCACCAAAUUUACCAUCAAUAUCAACUGUUAAUCAAACUGGUCAAACAAUGAAUUGUCAGCAAGUUGCUAAUAUUAUUGAACAAUAUGGUUAUGCACCGGAUGAUAAUAAUCAAAAUGAUAGCCAAAAUGAUAUUGAUUGUCAAAUGAAUGAUAAAAUAAUACAAUCAUCAUCGACAUCGACAUCAACAUCAAGUCAAACAAAUAAAAAUCGAAAAAUCAAUUCAAAACAGCAACAGCGGCAACAAUCGACUACGAUUGAUGAGAAUAAUAAUCUUGGACGACAUUGACAUCAUCAAUGUAUCAUCAUUAAUGAAUUUCAUUGCCAAAAUUUUUUUUCAAAUUCUUUCUCCCUCUCUUUGAACUUCAUCAUCAUCAUUAUAUU